GGAAACACGAGUAGUGCUUUGAUUUGGGCCACAAGUAAAUAAACUAACAAAGGAAAGCAGAAGCCCUAAUUUUACACCCAAAGGAAGCACUCAGCGGAACAAAAGAUGAUGAUGAAGCACGCGCAAAUGAUUUUGGCCAAGUAUUGUCGGAAAGGGAUCUCAUCCAUCGCCUCUUCCCCCAUGUCCACGAGGGUCAAGCAUGCUUGGGAGGAGCAGGACGGAUUAGUUCUUGGUUUAGCGUUCUUUGGUGGAUGGUUCGUCAAAGCUUCCAUAAAUCUUUUAAAGAGAAGAGAGGAUUGGUAUAGAGUACACAGAUUUUUUGAUGAUGAGAAGAAGCGUCUUGACGUGCCCGUAAUGAAAAGGAACUGGAUGAUAAUGUCUAGGCGACAAUUGAUUGUCUUUUGUGUUGCCUUGUUUGGUGUUUUUUCCGCACUCUCGUACUAAUUUAAUAGUGGCUUGCUUCUGGUCUUGUGUUAGUUUGGUGUUUUGAAACUGUUUUUUUUUCUUCUUCAUCUCCAUCCUAUAUAUAUAUGUUGCAAACCUACUCUGCUUUCUUUUCUACGUUAUAUAUCUGACAAACAAAAUUUAUACCAUGGUGCUUCCCGAAGAAAAAAAAAUUAUAUAUUUACUUUUCAUUUGUGGUUGAAUUACAAAAUAAGGAGCUACAUCACAUUAUCAAAAAGGAAGAAGUAAGUGUUUCAUUGUUAUAAAUCUUACGGUUUUUUUCCUACAGCAA